UUUCUACUUACGGGAGCUGGCUAAACACCCACAAGCAACAACAAGCUCAUUGUUUUAAUGUUUAUAUCAAUCUCUUUUUUUGGUUCGACCAUCAAUGGCGCUAUUACUCGCUUUGUCCUUCUGUUUCGCAGCUCAACCACUAUGUUAUUUACAAUAAAUUCUUUCAUCUUUGCCUAGCGUGGGCUACUAAAAGCAGCGCCACAUCGUUCUCGAAAGUUUGGCAGAUUCUCGAGUACUAAGGUAUUGUACCGUCAGCUACAGACACAAUGUUUGAUCAUCCCAAUCCGAGCGAAGUUGAGCGUAUGCUACAUGAGCGAUGCCGCUCAGCGCCCCCGCCAUCAUCCGAACGGUGGGUAAUAAGAGAGAAGCCUCAUGUGCUAACCACAACACCCACGCGCAGCGUAUCGGUGAAAAAGGUGAGGAACGACAAGAACAAGUCGCGACUUGCAGGAGAAUACUGGACGACGACGCCCAUUAGUGAAGAGGUAGACUGUCCCAAUACAUCAUUGAAAGACGGCAACGAUAGCGAUGACGAGGAUAGACAGAAGGGUGUUCCUAUAACGUACUCUUCAAAUCAAGGACGCCGAUUCAAACGGUCAUGGAAAUACGAGAUCGAAGCGGAAUUCAAGAAACUGGAGGCCUAUGGACGCGAGCUCCAAGCUACCCUAGUCGAGUGGACGCCAAAGCAAAAGAAGCUCUGGGGGCUAUAUACCGAGACCCUAGGUCUAAACUGGACAGCCACUCAAUGGAGCGAGUACUUUUCUUGUGAAAUUACUUACUACAAUCUGCUAGAAGAGAUUUAUGCCGUGGAGCACCGAAUGGGAAAUCUAACGGCACAGAUGUACUUGCACAUUGAUGAGCGGCUUCCCUUGUGUAAGGAUACUUGGUAUCACGAUGGGGAGGCUUCUAUUCGGACUGUAGCCAGCAGGGUUAAUGCAGUCGAGCGAAGUGACGGGCAUCCCAGACUGGAAUGGAAUGGGGUUGAUUACGGUGUGAUACCAGACAGGGUGGCCACAACUGAAGAUGACGAGGACGACUUAAACGAAUGGCUAUAACUCUCACUGAUACCAACAUUCAGUGCGAAGAUGUCUGUUGCCUGAGCCUUGGAGGCCUCCGAAUUUCGUCUUCGGUGUUCGAACCUGUAUGAAAGAUCUUUUUUUUUUUUCCUAUAUCAUCUAAUUAUUCCUGUAGAUUUAUUCAACGCUGUAGAAAAGCGCAAUGAAAUGUGCUAACAAAAUUUCUAUACUAUAACCUACAGUUAUUCCGUUGCUAGUCAAGAUUGUACGCGUAACCUCACCGCCUCUUUGAUUUCACAUUAUACCGGCAGUUUGCCUACAACGGCGACAGGAGAGACGACAUGAACCUGUGGUGUUGAGAAGGAGGAGUGAGA